CAUUUCCUUUGAACUGAACUGUUUCCUGGUUCACCAAGAAAUACUUUUAACAAGAAGCUGAUGGUGCCUAUUGGGUUUCCCGAAUUUCUUUUUAUAAACAGUCUCACAUGCACACGUUGUGUUUUUAGCUCUUCUAAUGUUUUACAUAUUUUGGCUACAUAUCUUGUAAAAGUUGCCUAUAUUUAUUUAAAAAAGAGGAUUUAUUUUUCCUGCGACAUACACUGAUAUUAACAAAACCAAUUGUGUCGACAACACUGGAUUUACUUGAGUAUGAUAGAUUCAAUAUGUCAGCUUGCCUGGUAUUUUCCAUUACUUUAAUGUGAUACCGUACGUCACGGUUGGAUAAUAGUUAAAGGAGAAAAUAUACAGCAUACCUUGGAAUUUUUGCUUGUAAUUAUGAAAUCUUUCAUGCGUUUUUUGAGGAAGGAUCAGCCAGCGACGGUUCCAUUGGAUCCAGAGAUCCAUGGAGAACCUGGAGAUGCUCCGGCGGCACAUUUGAGUCUUUCACCUGUAGAUUCAAGACCAAGAUUGCCAACACCUACAUCAAGCGAUGAUGAUAGUGAUAGUGAUGAAUACGACAAACCUGAAUUCAUUCAUGAACAGCAUUUAUCGACAGAAGGCAGCAGAGCUCGUCAACUUCCCAGAUUACCAACAAGAGGAGAUGGGUCAGCUCCUAAAAUACCACUUCUUCCUCCAAAUAAACCAAAGCAGUCAAAAAUUCAUGAGAGUCAGCAACUAAGAAAUAACCAGUCACCGACAGUGUCACUCAAUUCACCUCCAAUAAAAAAAAAAAUUCCAAUACCAAUAAAACCAAUGCCAUCGAUUCCUAAAACGACGAAUGUUAAUGUAGUAAAACCAACGUUUACAUCUCGUCCAAAGUUGGAAAGUCGACUUCAAGGAGAAAUUGCAUACGUUCACACCCAACGUCUGUCUGGAUUUAAUCUAUUUGAGAUCAGCUUACAAGGUACAAAUAACAAAUUAACAAAACCGCCUAUACCACAAAAACCGGGCAAACGAAUACUAAUCAAGAAACCACCACCUCCACCUAGCAAAGUAUUAAACAAAGGACACAUUAACAACAAGAGUGUAGAACAUGUUAAGACGCUCUCUGUGUAUGAACUUGCAGAAGAACUGUCAAAGUUAAAUGUUGAAAGGUGUGUUGCUGAAAACGUGAAGCGGUUAAAUAUAGAUGGAGCUCUUGUUACUAGCAUGAGUCAGUCUUUAAUAGCUAAAUCAUUGCAAGCAAACGAAUUGGACACUUUGAAAAUAUACCAGUUCAUUUACAACGGCUGGAAACCAAAAAUAACUUCUCCCCGCUGUUGAGCCUUUGGCUAAUUUUGUAUUUCAUGUAGGAAGUUGUGUCUUCCGUCACAUGAUAAAUAGCAUGCUAUCUCCGAAAGAACACACUGUAUUACAUAAUGUUUUAACUUCGAGUGAAAUGAUAAUAAUCAUGCUAAAAAUAUUAAGAACAUGACGGUAUAACCAUAUUAAGCAUAGCUUAUCGGCACAGCGGCGUAGCUAGGUGAUAACAGGCACUUGUGAAAGAUUAGUUACCACCCCUUGAUGUGAAGUGUCAAUAGAGGCCCCUAGCCUGACUUACGGUUGGGGGGUCUGGCGUCGCUGUAAUAUUUUCAAUACAACAGUAGUUAUCUACAAGUUACAUGACUUAUGAUAAGUUUUGUAUAAAAAGUGAUAUAUGAAACCAACAAAAUAUCAGCUCAGGCAUUUAAGUAUUUACAUCUAUUAUAUUUUAUCAGUUAAAUAUAUUACAAAUAAUACAAAUGCAUAAUAUAGAUUGAUAAAAUAAAAUUAAAACAAGUUAAAAAAUUCAACAAUAAUGCAAAAUUAAAUCUACAAUCGAAUGCUAAAAAUAUAGCUUACAGCAUUUUCAUAUAGUGAGAACAACCUCAUAUGGUAAUAAAUGUAGUUGCCAAGUGGCAAUCGCUUUACACUAAACUAUUUCCAAUAGCCCAGAAGCUCCGGCAUUCUUUUCACGAGUCGCAUUUGAUUAAAUUCUAAGAGUAAAUAAAAGAAUACACAAUUGAAAUGACCACAAUAAUCAAUAAUUAUCGCCUCUAAAACAUUUAUUGAGGGGCUUGCUGGCUGUUUACUAUUCCUAUGAAAAAUUAAGUAAAAAACAAAUUUAUAAAGGCCUAUUAUUAAACAGGCCCCUAUAACCCGGGCCACAGUGCUUUGCACCCGCUGCACUGGCCACACCUACGACAUUGCAUCGGCAAAAGGUUAGUUUUUAGUUGUAUGAAAGUUCUCUAUUGUACGGGAACCUGUAACCUCCCACAAAUAAGGUCGUGAGUGCCAUACAGUGCUACGCAACAAAUCUA